GAACCCAUUUUACUACUCCGCUAUGAAAAUCGUUAUUUACGUUUAUUUCUUGUGUUUUUUUGUGGAUAAAUCUAGUUGUUUGAUGUUAAGUGAGGAUUUAGUGUUUAGUUUACGAGAUCAGAAAUGAGGAGAUCUGUGGGAGAACCAGAGUAACCGACAUGGCUCAAUCUCUGAUAGAGAAGGAAUGCCUCCACGAUGAAGUGCAUAAGUCUUGUGCGUUCUAUGAGGAGUACACGUGCUGGGAGACCGAGGCCAUGGACAGAAGAGUGAAGGCAUCGCCCAAACGCUUGGCGCAUUGCAGAGCUGGUUGUUAUUGCAAGAAAGGGCUAGUCCGUACGUAUCCUCAAGGCAAAUGCAUUAUUGCACAAGCCUGUCGAGACUUGGAACUCAGAGGCGUUUUGGAAAAAAUACCAGCGGAGUUUUCCAACGUCCGAUAAUACUUAUUGCAUUAAGUUUUACCUAGAAGUGGAAUAUGAUAAUACUUUCCUAACAAUAAAUGGAAUUAAAGUCUC